UCGCUGUGUCUGCCGCUGACAUUCGGUUUAUCGCUACUUAACAAGAAGAUAAACAAAAAGCAACUAUAAAGGAAUCAUGUCCAAACGGGAGGCGUUUUUGGAAGCCGCAUGUAAAGAAAAUGUGGAGGACUUUCUUCGGUAUAUCCAACUUCACAACGACAAAACCGAUCCCUUCGAUGUGGAGGAGGUGGUGCAGGAGAUGCCCAGAGGCCAGAAGAGCGACCUGUGGGGGAGACUGAUGUCUCUUCUUCAAGACGUUUUGCAGGAAUUACCUCCAGAUCGCUGGCAGCAAAACCAAGAGGAGGCUAUGGAGGAUGAGUCAGCUGCACACCCGAAACAUGUCAUGGCUGUGGUGGAUGGCGUGACGCUUGUGGCUACAGUGUCUCUAGGGGUGUUGCAAGAGGGUGAUACCUACAGUGAACUUUUGAAGAUCACCCACAGACUUCACGGUAUUCUUGUGUCUCUUCUCGCCAUUGACACGCCUUUGCUGCAACACAUCCACACUCUGUGUGAGGCCUGGUGGAAGAAGGGCCUGCAGAAGAAGGAGGAGUUUGGCCGUACUGCUUUGAUCCUGUCUUUGCAGAAGAGCUUCGCUUUAAAGAAACCAGGCACCGAGAUCCAAAGAGUGUGGAGUCUCCAUGAUGUGCUUGUGAGUGUGGACUACAAAUCUGAAGACAACAAGCAGAUAGUCGACUUGUUGAUUCGGUGCUUUCAGUGUCCUAACUAUAUCAAAAAUGAUGACGGAAAGAGAUUCCUGGUGUUUCUUUUCAGCUGGCACAUCGACUUCAUCUGGGUUAUUCAUGGCACCAUCAAAAACCAGCUGCGCUUUUACAACAAGACCAUGAAUGCUCACAUAACAGAGAUCUACUACAGAGCAUGGAAAAAGGCCUGUGGAGAGUUCCUGGACAAGAUUGAGAGCUCAUGCAUUCAGGACUUCAUGCAGUGUGCCAUCUUCCUUCACAGAUCGUCUCCUGUCCACAGCAAAGUUCGACAGAUUGUGAGUUAUUACCAUGCAAGGAAAGGCUGUCACAGUGUGGACAAGAUGCUCUUCACUCUGUACAGGCCCAUUCUCUGGAAAGCUCUCAGUGCUCCUAACUUUGAGGUGCGUGCAAAUGCCACUUUGCUUUUCACGGACGCCUUUCCGAUUCACAACCCGGAGCAAAGCAACGAGGAAAUGGAAGCAAACAUUCAGAUCCAGCUGGACACGGCAAUGGGGCUCCUGGAUGACCCCCACCCCGCCGUGCGCUCCAACGCCUCGCUGGGAGUCUGUAAGAUCCUCUGUAAGUGCUGGGAGCUCCUUCCUCCUGCGAUCGUCACAGACUUCCUGAAGAAGCUGCUGGAGCUGGCGGCAGACUCCAGCUCUCCCGACGUCCGCUGCUCAGUGUUCAAGUGUCUGCCUAUGGUCCUGGAUAAUUCGCUCAGCCAUCCGCUGCUGGAGAAGCUCCUGCCCACUCUCAAAUACAGCCUCCAUGACAACUCGGAGAAAGUCCGCACCGCUUUCCUUGACAUGCUCCUCAAGGUGAAAGCGGUUCGUGCUGCCAAGUUUUGGGACGUGUGCAGCAUGGAGCAUCUGCUGGCCCGCCUGGCCAGCGACUCGCCCUCCGUCUCCAAGCGCGUCGUCAACCUCCUCUUCAAGUCCUUCUUCCCCGUCAACGAGUCGGAGAAGGAGUGGUGCAGCCGGUGCAUCACCCUCAUCCAGAUGAACCCCAUGGCUGCCAGGAAGUUCUACCAGUACGCCCACCAGCACACGGCGCCCACCAACAUCAUAAAGCUGAUGUUGGCGAUUCGCCGCAUUCUGAACAGCUUCAUCCAGAUGGACUGCGACGUGACAGCGCUGCAUGACAGCAACAAGGAGAACAGCCUGACUGAGCCCGCCAAGCUGGUGAAAGAUAAGUCCGUGGUCGCCAGUUUGCUGGAGAUCUUGGUCAUCCUGUGGAAGAGUGUCCAGAAGGCCGUUCAACAGAACGAAGAGGCCCAGAAAUACAUGUUCGCAAAGUUUGGAAAUGUCAUGGCUCGAUAUUUUCAGAGCUUUGAGGAUGAGCGAGCCACUGUGCCCCUCGUACAUCUGGCCUCAUUCAUGCCUCCUGCUGCCAUUCCAACCUUCAGCUGUGGAGUCCUGUCCAGACUGCGGAGGAUGGACUCCGGGGCCGUCCCCACCCAGUACGGCCAGCUGCUGGACUGCCUCUGCAGCUGGGGCCAGGUGGCAGACGUCCUUGAACUCAUCACGGACUGGCUCAGCCAGCCCCUGAACAGUCAAGGGGAGAAGGCGGCUGGUCGAAAGGUGCGCAUCCAGGAGACGGUGGAGGCCAAACCGGACCUGGCUCUCGUGUAUCUGGAGUACCUGUUCAGCCACACUGUGACUCGGGAGAAGCUCCUGGCUCUCAGCAGGACUCCGCUCAAGCAGCUGCAUACGGUUCUGGGAAACUGGAAGUCGGUGCUGCACGCUCACCUCAGCUCCACUGCAGGUCCUAAAACUCCUGGCGUGCGAACGGCUCUGAGGGCCUUUGAGUUCUUUGGCCGACUCGGUGCACAUCUGCAAUUUAGUUCGUCGGAGGGCCGAGACUACCUGCUCUCCCUGGAGCACGCGGCGGCCUGGGUGUCUGACAGGGUGCUGCCCUUUCUGGUUAAACGCAGCGGCGAUGACAGCCAGAGCCCGGAGACGCCGCCGCCGCCGCCGCUGGCCGCACAGAUAACCGAGAGCUUUCUGACGGUGUGCCGAGACAUCGUGCUCGUGGGUCUGGGCGACGACUCGUUCAAGGGUCACAUCCUCCACCUGUGCUCGCUCGCCCUCCUCUCAGAGGCAGGUUACCUGUGUGUCCCCGCUGUGCUGCAAAUCCUGAAGGCGGUGGCGAACAGCUGCGUGCCGGAGGAGAGCAGCCAGGAUCAGGAGGAUCCAGCCAUGGCUAUUCUGGCCGUGGUGGCGAACGUCUUCCAGAAGAUCAUUGAGCUGUUGGCUCGCCGCCUCAAGAAGGAACCAGAGGAAGGAAAACAGCUGUGUCUGUCGGCCGUUUCCGGUCUGACAGACUUCCUCCAGGUGGCUCAGACGUGGGACCGGGCGCCGCUCACCGGGGUCUUCUCCACCGUCUUCGCCGUCAUCAUCGUGGAAAACAAGAAUCUGCUGCAGAAAGCGACCCACCGCGAGGAGGUGAGCGCUCCGGAGUCGGCGGAGGACAUGCCGCCGCUGUCCAGCAUCCUGCUGUCUGUCAUCCUGAAAUCAGCCUCCAUCACCAGGUCGUUUCUGGCCGAAGUCUGCUCGUCUUUGGAGUCUGAAGCCAUCAGCGGUCUGACCGAGCUGGCCGCCGUCCUCAACGUUUUAGCGGUGGUCGAACGCUCGGUUCAGUCGAAGUCUGGCCUGAAGAGCGCGGCCGUGCUGAUCCAGCAGCAGAUUCACAGACACGCCGUCACGUCGGCGGACGGCUCAGAGAUCCAGAGGGUCAUUUAUGAAUCUUCGGUGACGACUCUGAACCAGAUUCUUCAUUUGUAAUAUUCACUUUUUAAAGAAAACGUGUCCACUGAUGUAUUUACUGAUACGGUGUUGUCUCUGAUUUGUAUUUCAUUUAGCUGCGGAGAAUAUUUGGUUUACUCUCAGCACUCAGCAUGAGAGUAACGAUUUCAGCUCUCGUAUGUCGGGUUGGAUUCAAACCUAAAGCAGAGAGUGGAUCAUUUAUUCUCCAGAUUGAGUCCACUUCUGUUUAUUUAUUCCUAAUGGCUCACAUUAUUCAAGUCGCGUCUCUCAGGCUUUUUACACUGAUAUUGUUAACAAAUAUUGAUCGAUUCUCCCAGACGGCAGAAAUGUUUUCUUGGAUG